AUGCAUCAGAUUUACAGCUGCAGUGAUGAAAAUAUAGAAGUUUUCACCACCGUGAUCCCUUCCAAGGUGUCCAGUCCAGCCAGAAGAAGAGUCAAAAGCUCUCAACACCUCUUGACCAAGAAUGUGGUGAUCGAGUCAGACCUCUACACGCCGCGGCCCCUGGAGCUGCUGCCGCACCGCAGCGACCGCCGCGACGGCGAGGGCCGCAGGGCGGGCCGGCUGCACAGCGCGCGGCCGCAGGGGCCCCACCUGGCCAAGGCCCCGGCCAGACCCGUGGGGAGUUCAGAACCCAAAUCAUCAAAUCUGUGUGGGAAUCGAGCAUAUGGCAAGUCUUUGAUUCCUCCGGUGGCCCGGAUCUCAGUGAAAGCCCCCGGCGUGCUGGAGGCGGUGGCCACGGGCUCGGAGAACGGAGCUGUUCUGACAAGAGGAUCCAGACAUCUCAAGAAGAUGACGGAAGAGUAUCCGACCCUUCCCCAGGGAGCAGAAGCCUCCCUACCACUGACAGGAAGCGCUUCCUGCGGUGUCCCUAGCAUCCUCCGGAAAAUGUGGACAAGGCACAAGAAGAAGUCUGAAUAUGUGGGAGCUACCAACAGUGCCUUUGAGGCUGACUAA